GCGUGUGCGCCUCGGUCGUGAUCAUUUGGUGUGGCCGAAGAGGUAAACAUUGUACAGUACAAUUGGCCGGUCUCGAGGCGGCGGGUCUUUCGCUUUUUCGUCUUGAUCCGUCUCUUGUGAGAAAAGAAGUGAUUUCUUUCUUUUCGAGUUUACACGAUCUCUCGCGUGAGUUCCUUCAGUUUUACGAAUUCUUCUUUGGAUCAAAAUCGAAAGUCUGCGAAUUACUUGCCGUUGGCGUUGUCGAGGACCCUCUUCCGGAUGUCAUCAAAACGAAGGACGAUGAUAAACAACGCUCAGAUUUUGGAUUACACUAGGGUGUAACACGACGUGCAGUUUUUUGUCCUCGAUGUUGGACUAUUAUCAGAUGGAGUCCGUGCCGUCGAAUCCAGCGAUGUCAAUGUCGGCACCGGGUGGAGGCAUGACUGCCGGCUUAGAAACGACGAGUUCGGUGAAGAGCUUGGUGUGCAGUCCGGAUCUCACAAUGUUCGCGGCCACGCCAGGAUGUAGCGGAGUCGAGGCCGCGGAUCCAGCCAGUCUAACGACGGUGGAGAUCGGGAAAUACCAGUGUCUACUCUGUCAGAAGAACUUCGCGCAAAAGAGCAUAUAUCAGAGUCACUUGAGGUCGCAUGGCAAGGACGGCGAGGAUCCAUAUCGCUGCAAUAUUUGCGGCAAGACCUUUGCGGUACCGGCGCGAUUGACGCGCCAUUACCGCACUCACACCGGCGAAAAACCAUACCAGUGCGAGUACUGCAACAAGUCGUUUUCCGUGAAGGAAAACCUCAGUGUACACCGACGCAUUCACACGAAGGAACGGCCGUACAAGUGCGACGUGUGCGGACGCGCAUUUGAACAUAGUGGCAAGCUGCACCGUCACAUGCGCAUUCAUACUGGUGAACGGCCGCACAAGUGCUCCGUGUGCUCCAAGACAUUUAUACAGAGCGGUCAGCUGGUGAUACACAUGCGAACACACACCGGCGAGAAGCCAUACGUGUGCAAGUCGUGUAAGAAGGGCUUUACCUGUUCCAAGCAGUUGAAGGUGCAUACGCGCACCCACACUGGGGAGAAGCCUUACACCUGUGACAUCUGCCGCAAGGCAUUUGGCUAUAACCAUGUACUCAAGCUGCACCAGGUGUCGCACUAUGGCGAGAAGGUAUAUAAAUGCACAAUCUGCAACGAGACCUUCGGUUCCAAGAAAACGAUGGAGUUGCAUAUCAAGAAACAUCCGGAAUCGCCAGCAUCUGUCACUUCUACUGUCACCGACAGCGGCGUUUCUUCGCCAACGGCGAUUGGCUCGCUGAUCGAACCGGAUGUUGAGAUCUCUCAGAGCGGCCGUGGUGACAGCAGUAGUAACUUUAAUCCAACGGUUUCGACGAUUCUAGAUUUACCAAAUAUCGCCGUCGACAACAAGGAGAACUUGAAGACUGAAGAGGCCUAUCCGGAUUCGACGUCGAAUGCUUACGCUGUUCAACGUGACUUUGCGUAUUAUCUCUAUUCUGGCAACAAGGAGCAGUAUUCGCAGCCAGUAGUGACACCGCCGUCGAGCACGGCAGAACCCGUACUCACUGACAUUGACGAGAAGCGCUUUCAGGCAAGCGUUGUAGUAAGCGCGCCACUGGAAUCGGUAACUCAUCACGUGUUUUUUUAUCCCGAACCAGCGUACGGUAGUUUCGGUUUGACCGCUGGUGGCCAUCUCGACGCUGCUGACUGUUCGUCUCUCUUGAAUCUGCCGGGUAAUGAUGCGCGCCGAAGGGUUGAGGCCGCCCUGGAGGCAGUCGAGGAAGAGCGUCAGAGACAAGAAUAUGGUGUCGGGAUUAUCAAGAUCGAUCGAGAACCGUUGCUCACACCACCGUGCAGUAAUCCUGAGAGUCCGGUAUCAUCGCCUGACUUAGCCCUAGAUCUAGCAAUACCGCCACGGGAGACGUUAAUCUUGCCGCCUAGGAAACGUAGCAAGAUGAUUCUUCAGUCCAUGGAAAGCGAGUACAAGAGUAGCGGUGGCAGUGGUGCAAGUCUAAUCGCGACUUCACAAAGGCAAAAUUCUGUCAUUCAAUUUGCUCGAGCUUCAUAGUGAACGUGCCGAAGUCUUCAAUAAAGCUUUGAAAGUGACUUUAGAAAUUGGAAGAAAGGAAGAUCUUCUGGAAGAUAUCCAUUUUGAUAACAUUAAAAUCAAGAACUGAAAAGAAUUUAAAAACUGAUUUGUUCCUUUGGCUGGGACAAAUUUGAGAGAAAGGAGAAUUUAAGAAUUGUCGCAAAUUUUACUUUUCCAACGUCAAAUGAUAAUCACAAAGCGCACGAGCAAUGAACUUUUAACUUGUCAACCACGAUGCGAAAUUGCUCUCGAUGUUUAUAAUUUUUGGAAUUAGAAGAGAGAAACUCAUGUGCCUCUUCAAUGAAUCCUAACAGCGUAACAGUAGAGUGAAUCAGCUCGUUAGUGUUUUAUCUUUCCAUUCGCAAUCAACAUGAUCUGAGAAAAGGUUGAUUGUACCGAGUUAGCUCAGUAAUCGAAACCACGUUUGUUACUUAAUAUUUAAUAACAUAAUUAACGCAAUCUAUCAUGUACUGGGUGCAUUUUCCUAACGGCUUACAAGCAACAACACUCGCAAUUACCUUCUCGACCUUGUUCGAUAGCCUCUUGAUUUUGAGGCUUUAACAUUAACGUGUAUGUCGGAUGCGUAAGAAAUGAAGGGACAGAUUAGAUAUAUUCGAUCGCGCGAAAAGAUUGCACUGAUCGUGAGCGUGCAUGGUGAGGUAGCCGCGCGUAUGCAAUAUAACUAUUUAAAAAAACGUAAUCUCGUUAGACCAAAUUUUUGGAAAAAAUUUAGAUAAUUUGAAAGAAGGAAAGAUUAUUAAAAAAUAUAAAAAUUUUUUGAUAAAAUUCAAAACGUUAAUUUUAAAACAUACUGUCAUACGCGACAUGCGCACAUGUACAUUCUUUAAAAGCUUUAUUAACAAAUUUUUUGUUAUGUUUAAUUUAAAUGCUAUUAAAAAUAUAUUAUUUAUAUUGUAUGUUUAUUUUAUUUACGCACAUAUUAUCUAUUUCAAAUAUAUGAUAGAUUUAUCGUGUUUUAAUAAAGGGAUUACGUUUUUUUAA